AUGUGGAGCUUUAUUUGAAGGGGAUCGCGUUGAAUCCAUAGAUGAUAUUUGUGUAGAGAAUAUGAAAUUACAAGAAGCAAUGUAUCGACUAAAAAAUAACGGUCUAAACGUUAUACGCCUACAAAUUGUACCAAAUGCUAUUGUUAAUUCAGAGAAACCAAUGCAAAGUAAUUCAG